GUCACUGCUGGGCUAGAUGUUGUUUCUCUCUAAUGUGCCGUCUUCAUCUUUAUCGUUUUUAUGUAGUGUUUAUACAUCCGUAUAAGGCUGUAUGAAAUUAAGUAUGUGUCUUUUAUUUGGUUGUGUACUCGAUUGCGAGGAGAUCCUGUACUAUUGUUACUGACAAAUUCCAUCUUGUUUGAUUGAAUAAUCUUGCUUUGGUAAACAUGGACGAUUAAAACCUAUGUACAAAUGCGCCUGUUGUCGAAGAACAUAUCUGCAUUUCGAAAGGUGGUGGAGAACCCUGGCCGGCACCAAGGUCACAAUGAAGAACCCAGGAGUUGCAGAGAACCAACGGUUGGUGGCGUUAUUGGAGGAUGCACUGGGCAGGGAGAUGCGCCUCUGGAAAGUGCCAAUCUUCAAGAACAGCUGCAUUCAAGGUACUGACAUUACCCCUUUCCAACUGCAAGAUGUGAUCCUGUGGCUGGGUGAAAUGUGCAGACUGUUCAACUUCUGUCAAGAAACAUUUGCUCUUGGAGGCUGUGUUCUGAAUAGACUUCUAGCAACAGUGAAGGCCCCGCCCAAAUACCUGAAGUGUAUCGCCUUCACCUCUCUGAUUCUCUCAGCAAAAAUCAAUGAGGAGGAUGAGGUGAUUGGAUCAGUCAAGGGCCUUGUUGUGCAGAGCGGAUGCAACUUUUCAACAGCGGAGAUUCUUCGCAUGGAGAGGAUCAUACUAGAUAAGCUGAACUGGGACCUGUAUACCGCAACGCCAAUCGACUUCAUUCACAUUUUCCAUGCCCUGUUGAUCUCUGGCCAUCCCCACCUUUCGUCUGUGGGUGCUCAUUCUCAGAAGAGGCCUUGCCUCCAGGCGGCAUUGUGGACUAGGCAGGUGCAGCACUGUAUGGCCUGCCACCAGCUAUCACAGUUCAAGGGCUCCACACUAGCCUUGGCCAUCAUUACCUUGGAGUUGGAGAGGCUCACCCCAGACUGGUUCUCAGUCUUCACCGAUCUGCUGAAGAAAGCACAGAUUCAGAGCACGGAGUUCAUCCACUGCAAGGAGAUGGUGGACGAAUACCUCACCAGCCUGGAGUUCUCCCUACCAGCCAAUGCAGUGUACAUAUUUGACAGCACCAAGAUGACCAAGCUUCAGGAUGAGGUGUCCUGGGAGCCUGCGGGCAAACCGGGUCUCGGGCAGACCAGGAGUGGAAAGGGAAGCCAGGGGGAGGGGGAUACAGACAAGUUCUACGAUGGUUUUAGGUGCCUAUACAACGAGGGGUUGGCUCUGGAGGUCGUCGGGGACAGUGAUACUAAUAUCCUCCAUGAGGCCCACCAGAAGAAUGUGUCCCCCUGCCCACCUCUCCACCCUGCUGUGAGCUAAUAUCCUGUUGGACUGAACCUGUCUGCAUGUGUUGGGGAUUGUUUUUAUUUUGUUGAGGACCAAGAAUACCUUAUCAGGAACUUGGUAUUGCCUCUUCCAUGACCUAUUCAGCACUUUGAUAUUUAGAGGAGCUUUUUAUAUACAUAUCAUUUUAUAAUUAUAUUUUUUACUUUGUUGUACUAAAACAUGUUUGUUCUGUUGACCUUUCAAACAAGUAAAUCACUAUAGCUACUUUUACAAAAAUGCUUUGGUUACAAAUGACAGUGCUGCAAAGACAUGUCAUUCUUUCAUUUUAAAGCUAGUCACAUCUCAAUGUGUGGAACUGUUAUAACGUGCCUCUUUACUUACCACAUUGAACUGAAGUAUUGUAGUGCUUUCAACUGUGAAAUAAUUUUUUUUUAUGUCAAGUUAUAACGUAAAUCAUGUUCCGUCGUUGACGUUACACUGUUUUCCAAAGUGAAAAGUGAUAAUCUCUUUGGUUGUCCGAAAAGGCAGCUAUGUUACUGUUAUGUUAUCUCCAGAAUAAAAGCUAUGACAAACAUUCAA